AUGCUAAGGAAAACUCCAGAACACCAACCUACAGCUGCCGAGCUGUUGAGACAUCAACAUUUGCAACCAUACCUCCCCUUGUGUCACAACCCUUCAUCUGCGUUUCUUCCUGUGAAGUCCCCGAGCAGAACGAAAGAGAAAACACGACCAUCACCUGGAAAAUCUAUCAGUCCGAGAGGUAGCAGAGACAGACAGUUGAAGCUAAAAGAGAAGAGAACUGUCCUUUACUUUGACGAAAGUGAUAACAUUCAGCCAAGAAACUUAUCUGACAAUUAUAACACGUUCCAAGCCAAACUUGACACUAAGAGAGUCGAUCCAACAAGCUACUCGGUUAGGAUCUUUCAAGAUAGUGAGGAUUCUAAAAGUGGGGAGAUGAGUGAGGCAGCUGUUUGUAAUGGAUAUGAUCAACAGGAGACUAUCUCAUAA